GGUAGGCCAAAAAGGGCGUGUGGCGUGUCAACUUGUUUGCCUCACCCUAUCUCACUCUUACUCUAUCUAACUACCUAUUGCCACUAUACUACUACACAACUUCUCCUUCAAUAAUCAACAACAAAAGUAUGGCAACAAUGCUGAAUUCUUUUGCUGCAUUGCCGUUAAAAUGUAGAAGUAGUGUUGUCAAUUCUCAAUUUCCUUCAUUGUUGCCUGCUACUUUUACUCAUUGUUGUUCAACUUCACUGUCAAAGUUGUCAACACAAUGUAAGCCUCAAAUUUCAUUAACUGCUACUAGUACAUCAAAAAACAACAUUUUAUGCUGUGUUGUUGAAAGGAGCAAUAGGGAGGAUAUUAUAGUUAAUAAAGAUGAUUAUAAUUAUGAAUCUGAUGAAUUGGAUUUGGAAAGAGAAACUGUGCUGUAUUCCUUCAACCCUCUUCCAUUCAUGUUAUUGGCUGCUCUUCCUGGAGCUGAAACAGUGAGGUCUGUGUUUGGACCAUUUGCGGAAUUAGUAAAGACAUUCAAUCUUCCAGGUUGGCUUGUUCAUUGGGGUCAUCCCGGUAACAUGGCUGUUGUGCUUUUCGCUAUGGGUGGAUAUGGUACUUAUCUGGGCUUCCGCAUACGCUUCUCAGAUGAUGAGGAAGAGAAGGCUAAAGCCAAAGACUUGCACCCAAAACUGUUGGGAGGAAUGUUUUUCUUCUUUGGUCUUGGGGCAACUGGAGGCAUCAUAUCGUUGCUCACCUCUGAUCGACCUAUCCUCGAGAGCCCUCAUGCUGUCACCGGUUUGAUAGGCCUAGCUCUUCUAACCUUACAAACUGUCUUACCAUCAUUAUUUGAGGGAAAUCCUGGGCUAAGGAAUGUUCAUGGCAUCUUAGGCAGUGGGAUCAUGACACUCUUUGUUGUCCAUGCUGCCUUAGGACUCCAACUGGGCUUGAGCUACUAAAGAGAUACAACCGACAAAUAUCCCAUUCUAUCUUUCACUCAAUUCUUAGGUGUCCAUAUUGUCACUCCGGAACUAUAUAUGUUACUCGAACAAAAUUACUGAGUAUCGGGUAUGAAUACGCAUCCGAAAUUUCACUCAACAUUUUGGACAAUGAUCCUGUUCUAAAAGUAGAUACAAAUUUGAGAAGAUGACCAUUACGAAGUUUAGUUUAUUAUCCUCUCUUUACA